AACCAUGAGUGGGUUCGAGCGCAUCCUGGCGCGCGUGGGCGGCGACGCGCUGCGCUCGUACUGCUCGUCGGCCAUCGAGGACGAGCUCCGCCACCUGCAGGCGCGCAUGCAGACGUGUCUGGAGAGCGUGGAGCAGGCGCUCAAGGUGCAGCAGGCCGUGGCCAAGCUGGACGUGCCGCUGAGCCGCGAGAACGCGGCCACGUGCGCCGAGAUCAAGCGCAAGUACGCGGCCUUCAGCGCCGACCUCAAGGGCUUCGUGGACGAGCAGCGCCAGCUGCAGGCGCAGGCGCCGCCCGCCGCCGCCGACGACGCCAGUGAGCCGGCCCAGGACAAGCGGAAGCAGAGCGAGCAGCAGAGCCGCGAGCGCGUGGCCAAGCUGCUGGCCAAGAUCCAGCACCGCAUCACGCGCAAGCGCAGCGACGCGUGGAUCGACAAGAACUUCGCGGACGUGGAGACGGUGGCGGGCAUCAUCAGCGACGACGCCUUUGCCGGCCCCGACAAGGCGCUGCGCAAUGAGUUGGUGCUGGUGCUGGACCACCUCAUCUCGGCCGUGUUAUUGAGUCCGCUGACGAACCAGUCCACGCUCGAGAAGAUGGACAAGGUGCUCAAGAAGCUGGCGGGCGUGCAUGCCGACAUUGACGAGUAUAUCAGGACGUCAAGCGGUCUGUUGACCAAGAAGCGGGCGGCGUAUGCGUCGCAGAACGGCGUGGAGGUGGAGGAGCCUCGUGUGAAGAGGCAGCGUGUGGAGACGACCCCCGACUCGGACUUUUUGGUCAAGGUGGAGCGCACGGCUGCGGCUGUCGCGGCGGCUGAGGCGGCGGGUAGUGACGCCACGUACGAGGUCUUUGUGUCGGACCUGCCGUGGGGCACGACCAAGGAGGCCGAUGUGGCGUCGUACUUUGGCAUUGCCGGCGCGGUCGUGUCGGUGCAGAUGCCUACGAUGCCUGACGGCAGCACGGUGGGUGUUGCGGUCGUCCGCUUUGCUGCGCUGGAGGGCAUGACGCUGGCGCUGCGGAUGGAUGGGUACCCGUUCAACGGCAAGAACAUCCGCGUGGUGGUACACAAGUCCAAAUAAGUGGAGGGGUGAGUCUUCUGGUCUGCUUCUGCAGCCCGGGAACUCGUACUCCGUGGACAGCUAGUGUUACGUAUUAUAGAUCUUAGAAGCAACCCGAGCAUAACUAAUCAACACGCUUAGCCGAGCAAGUUACCUUAGACACAACUGCGCUUUAAUUGAGUGGCAAUACUGCUGGACAUAUAU